AUGGCGCUCCUCGCGUCGAACUCGGGCCUGGCCCUGGCCCUCCCGAAGUACCAGGGCCGCAUCAUCGACCAGGUCGUCCGGGGCCAGCGGAAGGCGUUCACGCGCGCGGUCGCGACCUACCUCUACCUCAUGAUCGCCCAGGGCGUCUGCUCGGCCAUGUACCGCGCGGCCUUCGCCGUCGUGUCGCGGACGAUUUUGUACACGGUGCGCACGACGCUCUUCCGGAGCGUGAUCCGGCAGGACACGGCGUUCUACGACGGCACGACGAGCGGCCACCUCACGAGCCGCCUGACGAACGACGCCCAGGUCAUGAUGGCGCCCAUCGACGCGUCCCUGGCGUCCCUCCUCUACAACGUCAUCAUGCUCUUCGGCGGCAUCACCAUGUGCUUCACGACGUCCUACGCGCUGUCGAUGCUCGCGUUCGUCGUCGUGGGCCCCAUCAUGUACCUCUGGGACAUUUACGGGAACUGGUCGAAGAACCUGAGCCGCAAGGUGCUCAGCGCCUGGGCCGAGGCCAACGCCGUCGCCACGGAGGCGCUCGCGCACGUCCGCACGGUCAAGGCGUUCGUCACGGAGCGGUCCGAGACGGCCAAGUACGAGGACGCGUGCGGCGAGGCGCUUAGGUUGGGCAUCCGCGACGCCAUGGGCUUCGGCGUGACGUCGGCGCUGACGGGCUACCUGGACCUGGGCACGGGCGUGCUGAUCCUAUGGUACGGCGGCCUCAUCGUGCUCAAUAAAUCGGAGGGUUUGACGAUCGGCGAGCUCGUCACGUUCCAGCUCUACUGGACCAUGAUGAACUCGUCGUACCAAAAUCUCCAGGGCCUCGUGACGUCGUUCACGCGGUCCGCGGCCGCGGCGGAGAAGGUCUUCUCCCUCAUCGACUCGCUGCCGGACAUCAACGAGGACGACGGCGCGGCCAUCGACUGGGACGUGCAGGGGUCGUUGGUCUUGGAGAGCGUCGAGUUCCACUACGUCAUGCGGCCCGACGCGAAGGUGCUGUCCGGCGUGGACCUCGGCAUCGACGCCAAGUCCGUCUGCGCGCUGGUGGGCCGCUCGGGCGGCGGCAAGUCGACGAUCAUCUCGCUGUUGAUGCGGUUCUACGACGUUCGCGCGGGUUCUCUUAAACUCGACGGCCGCGACGUCCGGGGCCUCAACGUGCGCGACUACCGCCAGCUCUUCGGCAUCGUCGCCCAGGACACGCCCCUCUUCGCGCGGUCCAUCCUGAAGAACGUCGCCUACGGCUACGCGGACACGGACGAUCGCUCGAAGGACCUCGACAAGGACCCCGCGCUCGCCGCGGCGGUCGUCGCCGCGGCCAAGGAGGCCCACGCCCACGACUUCAUCGCCGACAUGAAGGACGGCUACGCCACGCGCGUCGGCGAGCGCGGCGGCCGCCUCUCGGGCGGCCAGCGCCAGCGCGUCGCGAUCUCGCGCAUCUUCCUCCGCGAGCCGCGCAUCAUCCUCCUCGACGAGGCGACGUCCGCGCUCGACGAGGACUCGCAGGCCGCGGUGCAGAAGUCGCUGGACGCGCUCAUCAAGCGCGGCGGCUCGACGGUCGUCCUCGUCGCGCACCGGCUCUCGACGGUGAUGAACGCGGACAAGAUCUGCGUCGUCGACGGCGGCCGCGUCGCCGAGUCGGGCACGCACGAGGGCCUCAUCGACCAGAAGGGCAUCUACGCGUCGCUCGUGAAGAAGCAGAUCUCCAAGAGCGCCGCGGUCCUGGACCAGGGCAAGGCCGAGGACAGCAAGGAGAAGGCCGCGGAGGCCGACACCAUUGACAAGCUCCUCGGCGCGACGGCGAAGUAG